GUCAUAAAAAAUAUCUAGCUAAGACUACGAACUACUUUUAUACUGAGUGAUUAAAUAUAAAAACAUUAAGUUGCUUUAAAAAUCGACUUCACGAAUCCUAACGUUAAAUAUCACACACAUAUCAGUAGUACGUGCUUUUUCACUGCGAAGAAACCAAACAUUAAAUCAUUCAAUUCUACGUAUUAGGAAGCAAGUUAUCCUAGCACCAUUAUAUUAGUGUUUUAUGGUGGAGCUCAGAGUGGAAGUCAAUAAGUAGAAAACUAUUGAUUAAUCAAAGAAAAAAACUAUUUUUUAUAUUCAAUUAAAAUGGAAGUUAUUAAUAUAAAUAAUAACGAAGGAUCAUCAGCAGAAGAUGUUGAAUAUCCAUGUAUUUGUGCGUGUAUUUUAUACGGUUUCGUGUUGAUUAUACAGUGUUUUUUAAUAUUGUUAAAAUUUUUAGUAGAAAGUAUGUAUUAUAUACUUUGCUUCUUUGCGAUUAUUUUUGGAGGACUUGCAAUAUAUUUCUUCGUUAUCAAGAAGCUAUUAGCGCCUACUGAAGUAAACUACUCAGUACAUCUUUUCCGACGGAAAAGAGAAAGUACGCUAAAUUCUUCUGAAUUGCAACCUGCCGACAUUUAUGAUUAUAAUAUUUACAGUGCAGAAGUAAUAACAUUAAUCGUAAUUGUAACGAUUAAAUACGUUUUAACAGGCUUGAUAUUUUGGUAUUCAAAGAAGGGAAACUAUAAACUGAUUUUGCCGUACUUGAUGUUUCUCAUCGUAGUAAUAAAUGUCUUGCUAAUUUUCUUCCUGUUCUUGACGAUUCAAAAUUUUAAACUUUCUAAGCUAGCUGGAUUUUCGGUACUGGCAUUUGGAUUGUUUAUUAUUGGAAACGGAGUGUACUUUUGGAUAGCCAUGUACCGACGGUACCAAAAUUUAAAAGAUCAAGAGUACUUGCUACCUAUCAUAUGAUUUUUUUUUUAUUUUUUAUAUUUUAAUUUUUUUUUCU